GCUGCCGUUCUAGUGGUUCUAGCUCCCGUCUUUCGCACUCGUUCCGAGAGCGCAGUGGCGACUGCCCGACUCGAGCCCGAUUUCGAAGCUUGCGAUCGCCGCUGUGUAGCACACUGCGAGUCGGUCAGGUAGUUCGAAGACGACGACAAGAACGAAGAUUGGCGCGUCAAGACGCGCUUCACGCGCGCUGGUGGCAGCGUUCAGCGGCCGUAGAAGUUUGCUCCUUCUUUGUUUCGCCGGCGUCGGUGAAAAGAGGAGGCAUGUGAUGCCCCUUCGAGGCGGUGCCCGUCGAAUCGAGCUCUGAAAGAAGACAACGUUGGCCUAGUCGACUGGGGUCGCGCCGAUCCAGUGGCUCGCACGGGCCCGCGUUCCUUCUGGCGUCCCUCUUCUUUGCGGACGCAGUGGCCAGUAAACAGGACGCCCAUCUUCGUCGAACUCGCAACGGUGCUCGACAAAUCUGAUGACUGCGUCGCCCAGCGGCGCCUGAUGAGGACGGCUCGCGACGGAGUUGCCAUGUCAGCAACCAUGAAACGGAAAAGGCCCCAGAAGCAGCCGCAAGACAUGAAGAAACCCACCUACACCCGCGGCCUGAAGGCCUACUUCAGACGAUACUGCCUGGACAUGCGAGCACCCUGCACCGACGCCGCUCCCGACGCGUGCUCGCCGAUUGCCAUGCGCGAGCUGUGCUGGCUGGUCCGGAAUAUCGGCGUCUGGAACAGCUUCCUCGAGAACGUUGGCAUGGAGCUGCGCGAGAACCGCCCGGGACGCCUCUCCCUCUACACCUUCGCUCGCUGCGACCCGAGCCUAAACGACUACGGUUCCGUGUGCGUGACGCUGCUCGCCGAGCUGCUGGCCACGCACCGGUGCAUCUACUUCGUGCACUUCGGCUACUCCGGCAGGCUGUUCGGGAUGAAGGCGAGCGUGAUCCAGCGCCUGUUGCCGAACUCGUCGAUCGAGCAGUUCCACGUCGACGGCCAGACGAUGGACCGCGACGAGGCGUUCACGUUCCUCAGGGCCGUGUGGCGCGCGAAGCCGCUCAGCGUGCAAGUGUGCAACAUACCGCUCCGCAGGUCGGACGUGCUCUCCAUGUCCAUCUACGUGGAGGCGACCACCGCGCUCAAGGAGCUGGCGCUGGUCGAGACCGGCUUGAAGGUGGCCGAUGCCAUCGCGCUCUUCAAGGCGCUCGAGGUGAGCAAGACGGUCGAGUACGUCCGGCUCGAGAUGAACACCGUCGGCAUCCGGGGCGCCAAGCAGUUCGCCACGCUGCUGCGGCGAAACACGACGCUGCGGUCGGUCACGCUGCAGCGGGUCAAGUUGCAGGCCAAAGGCGCCGUUGCCAUAGCGGCCGCGCUGGCCGACAACAACACGCUGAGCUGCCUGCGAAUCGCGAGCAACUCCAUCGGUCCCACCGGCGCGCGAGCGCUCGCGGAAACUCUCAGGGCGAACACGACGCUCACGGUGCUCGACCUGCGGGACAACGCCAUCGGCACCAGCGGCGCGAUGGCCUUCGCGGCUACGCUGAAGGUGAACGCGAAGCUCGAAGAACUUCACGUGUGCGGGAACGUGAUAUCCGAGGACGGCAUCGUGGCGAUCGCCGAGGCCGUGGCGCACAACACGUCGCUCAAGGUGCUCUCGCUCUUCGCCAAUGGCUUCGGCGAGGAAGGCGUGGCCGCGCUGGGCAAGCUCGUGGCCAGCAACAGAACGCUUGUGCGGUUGAACGCCACCCUAGAGUCCAGCUACGGCGCUCCGCGGAGACACCUGGACGCGUUCGCCGAAGCGCUCGCCGCCAACACUGCCAUGCGGGGCGUCCAGCUGUUCGUGUGGGGCACGCCCGCCAUGAAGCAGCUGUCGCACAUGCUGCCGCUCACGCAGACGCUCCAGUACCUCUGCGUUUGCACGUGCGGGCCCGAAAUUGAGCAGCUGUGCGCUGCCUUGGCGCACAACCGGUCCAUCCAGGAGGUCGAGAUCAACUGCUUUCUGAACCUCGAGGACGGCUCGGCGCUGGGACGCCUGUUCGAGACGACCACUACCAUCCAGGCGGUGACUAUCACCAAGAGGGUGAAGAACACCUGUCUCAUCCGGCUCUUUCACGGUCUGGCCAAGAACAACAGCAUCUGGUGGUUCAGUGUCCAGGGCGGCAGCCUGACGUCGACCGCGUGCUCGGCCAUUGCGACCGCUUUGGAGAGUAACAGGACGCUCGCCUGCAUGACACUGGGCCGGGCUACGGCGGAAGACUCCAACUUGAGGAUAGUGAGUUCGGCACUGGAACGCAACUGCACGCUCCAGAUGAUGUGCAUGAGCUACACGACGAGCAGCGCACCCGCGUUGAAGAUCAGGGAGCGACUCCGGCGCAACAUGGGCAUGAUGAUGCAAGCCAUUGAAUUCGCGCUCACCAAGAAUGCCAGCAAGGCGCUGGCGGAGGCCUUCGAGCUGUACAAGGACAGCACGUUCUUCAACCAGGAGCUCGCCAAGGCCAACAGGAACCAGGGCCGACAAGCGGCGACGUUGCUCAUAAAGGAAGCGGAGCGCUUCAUAGAGGACAACUACUUCCAAAUCACGGGAGUCGUCAAGGAAUCACUCGUCUGCGUCAGAAGGACGAGGAACAAAAAACGGAUGACGAUGUUCGACUGCCUGAACGACUACUGCUUACGGGAAUUGUUGUCCUACCUUCGUGUCUCCGAUGUGCAGCAUUGAUUUGAUGGCACGCGCACCUGGUGUCCUUUUUUUUUUUUGCAAGUGUGUGUUUCUGUUAAAUUAAACCUUUCUUGUUCUUUGUUUUUACAAAUGGACAACUGUUUCAUUCGCUUAGGUGCACAAGUGGCUGUCAAAGAACAAUAAAAGCAUUGACAAGCGUU